GAGUACACCUUCAACUUUCUGCUGCAUCAGCAACCACGCCCUCUUCGGCGAAUAUUUGGUGAAUAAGGCAUCUUGGAGAGCGCUUACCACAACAGAUCACUACUCUGAUCACCAUGGCAACUAACUUCAACCCAGACCAACAAUGUGAAGGAAAGGAGUGUCAAUCAAUCACAGAUGUGACUUACUAUGUGGAGGAGAAGAAGAGACUGUGUGAUGACUGCGCCUCUAAAGAAGGAUGCAUCGCUAGAUUUAAAAGGGGUGUACCAAAUAUUUAUUGUGAAGAACAUGAUGAAAAGGUAAAAUUAUAUUGUGAAAGCCAUGGCAAACCAUUGUGUGCUUUUUGUGCAGUAGAUCAUUUAGACCCAUGUGUGCGACAAAAUAUGGAUGUCGCAAUCGUAGACCUUCAAUCAAAACUUGCGAGCAUAAAAGAAAAAGGGAGGGACAAAUUAAAAGAAGGUCGUCUUUAUGAAGAUGAAAUUUACCAAUGUAUGAAAGACACAGACACCAUUCUACAAGCUUUGAAAGAUGAAGUUAAUUCGAUAAUCAAGGAGGCGAUCAACAUAGAUAAAGUCAAGGAGAAGAUGGAGGCUGAAAAAAUAAACCAAGAUUUUGAUGAUCAGAAUCAAGUACUUCAAGAAGAGAUUAUGAAGAUUAAUGAGAAGAUCCGAAAGAACAACGAGGAGAGAGAGAAACAACUUGAUUCAAUCCAUACAAAUGCACAGAUUAGACAAAGACACAUGGACAAUCAAAAGAUUUGCCUUGAUAGAGACAUUGAUAACAUUGUUAAAGAGAAGGAUAGGAAGAUCACAGAGUUGAUGAAAUCAUUACAGGAUUACACAAAAACAAUAGAGAAUGCAAUACAGACCAUAGAUACAGUACUAGAAGACGAUAAAAACAUUGUUAAAGAUGGUCAUAGUGUGAACAUGCCAGUGAGUGAUAAACUAAAGAAACCACUUUAUAAGAAUGAUGUGAAACAAAUCACCGAUAGAAUAUCAUGUGUGAGGUUUGUGAAGAGUGUUGGGAGAGAGAAGUAUGAUGGUAGGAUUGGUGGGUAUGAUGGCGAGUGGAUGCUUAGUGAUACAAUCAGUGUCAAAGAUAAAUUCACAUACCCAUAUAUUGUCGGUUGCAUAGAUGAAUGUAAUGUGAUCAUCACUGACUGGGUGUUAGGUAACCAGCAUACAUACAUGUUAGAUAUGAACACUAAACACAUCCAGAGAGUGAUAACAGGUACUGAUGCAUCACGUGUUAUCUCAUGUACAUUACUAAAUGAUGACAAGAUAGUAUGUGGUAGAGCCUGUAAAGGUUGUACAGGGAAAUGUUUGACUGGAUGCAUCAGUGUGUAUGACAGACAAUGGAUGCACAUCAAUGACGUCACAAUACCAAGAAACACAACGCACGAUAUCUCUUGGGUGGAUGUAGCUGUUGACCGUGAUGGGAUGAUCAUCGCUACUGAGUGGGGUCAGUCUAAGAUACACGUCAUCAACCCAGCUGAUAGUAAGAUCGUGAAUACCAUCAAAUGUAAGCAGAAAGUAGUGAUGCGAGGUGUGCUAUCAUCAGGUCACAUCAUCGCUCAACCUUACCCUCUUGUUAAGAGAGUACUUAUCAUAGACAGACAGGGUGGUAAAAGGGAAAUCCCCCACAGUGAUGUCAUCUUGAAUGUCAGUGUUGAUCCUAUAACAGACGACCUGUACGUCGUGACAUCAGAUGAUGAGUACAAUACGUGUAUGAUUGAUCAGGUGAUGAGAGGGAAUGAAGUGAAGGAGAGAAGAGUGACGUCAUUCCCUCUAUCAACUAGACUGACUGGUAAGGAUGAUAGGUUGAAUCACCUUUCAUUAUCUCGUGUAAUGAUCUCAUCAUCAGGCAAGAUAAUUGCUUGUGAUGGAGAUAGUAUUCUCGUCUUCGAAAAGCGAAUCACAUUCUAAACGAUGAUAUGUCGGGAUCAUUCACUAUGAUGAAUAUGAGACACACUGACCAGAAUAAUACCAUCUUUGGAUAAUUGAAAUAUCUGU